CGUGUGUGUGUUUUGAUAAUGGCUAGUAUUUUAAGAACACGGAAGAUAAACUCUUCAUUAAACAUACUAAAACAUAGUUCUCAAUUCUACGGAAGGUAUUCUAAAUUACCAUAUUGUGAAGGAGGUGUCAAGUUGUAUAGAACAAAUUUUGAGAAUUCAUCCAGAUUGUUUUGCUUAAAGCAUAUCGGUCAGGCUUCAAAAACAAGAACUGCUCUACAUACGCCACCGAUAUGGCAGAGCUCUAUCCUGACCAGAAGCUGUUUCCAUGGACACGGUCCUGGUGAUGUAACCCAAAAUGGUAACAAUGGUGGAUCGAAUGGUUGGCAGAUUGUCAAGGCCAUGACUAGAUAUAUUUGGCCGAAAGAUGCAACCUCGAUUAAAGCUAGAGUUGUGAUUGCUGUGGGACUGCUCAUUGGCUCAAAGAUGGCUAGUGUCUCUGUGCCGUUCAUGUUCAAGUAUGCAGUGGACGUUUUAAACACCGGUCAAGCAGUGGGAGUGGUGGCAGCUGCUGGAGGCACUGCAAUAACAGUUGCAACAUCUUUGCUUAUAGGAUAUGGAGCAGCAAGAGCAGGUGCCUCCCUUUUCAAUGAACUCAGAAAUGCAAUAUUCGCUAAGGUAGCUCAGAACUCGAUAAGACGUGUAGCCAAAAAUGUGUUCCUUCAUCUGCAUUCCCUAGAUCUCAGUUUCCAUUUGAGUCGUCAGACAGGCGCCCUCUCUAAAGCUAUUGACAGAGGGAGUAGAGGCAUCAACUUUAUACUCACUGCUUUAGUAUUCAACAUUGUUCCUACCAUAUUUGAAGUUAGUUUAGUUGCAAGUAUUUUGUAUUGGAGAUGUGGGCCGCAGUUUGCAUUAGUAACACUGUCAACCAUCGCAGCCUAUGCUGCAUUUACCCUCAGUAUCACCUCUUGGAGGACAAAGUUCAGAGUUCAAAUGAAUAAAGCGGAUAACGAGGCAGGGAACUUGGCUAUUGACUCGCUCAUCAAUUAUGAAACUGUUAAAUACUUCAACAACGAGAUACACGAAGCCAAGCGAUAUGAUGAAUCACUUGCUCAGUUUGAGAAAGCGUCUUUAAAGACAUCAACUAGCCUAGCAAUUCUCAACUUUGGACAGAAUAUAGUGUUCAGCUCGUCCUUAGCUCUGAUCAUGGUGAUGGCAUGUAAGGGCAUUAUUGCAGGAAACAUGACGAUAGGUGACCUAGUGAUGGUCAAUGGUUUACUGUUCCAGCUUUCCUUGCCUCUCAACUUCCUUGGCACUGUGUACCGAGAAAUUCGUCAAUCACUUAUCGAUAUGAAGACAAUGUUUAACAUUCUCAACUUAGAACCAAAUGUUAAGGAUAAGGUGUUAGCCCCCGCAUUGGCGAUAAGCCCACAAGAAGCUUCCAUAACAUUUGAAGAUGUGUGCUUUGAGUACGUGAAUGGUCAACCUAUAUUUAAUAGCAUCUCAUUGCAUGUUCCAGCAGGCAAGAAGGUUGCUAUUGUUGGUGGUAGUGGAUCAGGGAAAUCUACUAUAGUUCGUUUGUUAUACAGAUUUUUCGACCCAAAGUCAGGUAGAGUUUUAGUAAAUGGUCAGAAUAUACGUGAUGUAAGCUUAGAGAGUCUACGGUCCAGCAUAGGUGUGGUUCCCCAGGAUUCAGUACUAUUCCAUAAUUCAAUUUUUUAUAAUAUAAAUUACGGCAAUAUGGAAGCAACAGCAGAAGAAGUGUACACAGCAGCCAAGAUGGCUGAUAUUCACCGCAGUAUCUUAAGAAUGCCUGACGGUUACAAUACACAAGUUGGAGAACGAGGGCUCAAACUAUCAGGUGGUGAAAAACAGCGUGUUGCAAUAGCUAGGACUAUACUCAAGAACCCUCCAAUUAUUUUAUACGAUGAAGCUACUUCGUCUCUCGACUCAAUUACAGAACAGAAUAUCUUAGACUCGAUGCAAACAGUAACCCAAGGCAAAACAUCACUGUUCAUAGCACAUCGUCUCUCAACAGUCGUUGACUGUGACGAGAUCUUUGUCCUUGAAAAUGGUUUUGUAAAAGAACGAGGAAGCCACUAUACGUUGCUUAGCAACCCUGAUAGUUUAUACACACAACUGUGGAACAACCAACACAAAGCCGUGUUACAGAACUACGACGACAGUGAGGUGGAGGAGAAUGAUUCUGAGGAACUCAAACAUUGA